AUGGAGGUGGCCAGUACCAGCGGUAUUCCAGGUCAUCCAACUUUCACAUCAACCGGUACUAUACAGGUACCAGUCUUCCACCCAACUCUCAAUGAAAUGCUAGAUUUUCCGGGAUAUUUGAAUAAAAUCGAGCGAGAACAUGGUACCCAUUUAAUAUGUGGCAUAGCUAAGAUUGUACCUCCAAUUGGAUACCGAAUGAGGAAAUGCGGUGAUUAUUCAGACGUUGACAAUUACAUUAUUGAACAGCCUGUCAAGGAGAAAGUCCAAGGCCACGCUGGUAUUUACUGCAAAACAAAUAAGUUGUACCGUCGUUCGAUGACUGUCAAAGAAUUCCGCAUCUUGGCCAACAAAAUGCGUUUCCCAAAGGGCAAGUUACCACCUGAGGAUGUAGAAAAACAUUAUUGGAAGACGAUCCUGCAAGGUGAGCCCAUUUAUGGAGCAGAUACACCUGGUUCAAUCUGUGAUUCAGAUUUGAAAGAGUUUAAUAUGAAUCGUUUGGGAACAAUAUUGGAUAUGUUAAAUGAAUCUGGUGUGAAAAUCAAGGGUGUUAAUACUGUCUAUUUGUACUUUGGCAUGUGGAAAACAACAUUCCCUUGGCAUACUGAAGAUAUGGAUCUUUAUUCAAUCAACUACGUUCAUUUUGGUGAACCUAAGUUUUGGUACGCUAUAGCCACCGAGUCAAACAAUCACUUCGAGCGUUUAUGUGCUCAAAGUUUUCCGAAUGCAGCCAAAUCGUGUAAAUCCUUCAUGCGUCAUAAGAAUUUCAUUAUUUCACCACAAAUUUUACGUCGGAAUAAUAUUCAUUUUGGCACAAUGAUACAAUAUGCAAACGAAUUCAUAAUCACAUUCCCAAGGGGUUAUCAUAUGGGCUUCAAUAUGGGUUAUAAUUGUGCAGAAUCGACUAACUUUGCGUCGGAUCGUUGGAUCGAUUUUGGCAAGAAUGCAAUGGUGUGUGCAUGCCGUCCAGAUAGUGUUGAAAUUGAUAUGCGUCCCUUCAUGAAACGUUUUCGUGUCAACGAGUUCAACGAGUGGCAUCAGUACUGGUAUGGUGAAAGAAUUGUGAGAGAUAAUAAAAAACGAAGUGCGGGAACAUCGAAGCGUCAACCAAUACAUGAAGAUAAUAUCGCUGACAUAGAGCCAACAAAGAAACAGAGACGUGGUAGUGAAAAGAAUGGUGGUAUUAGAGGGCCGUUUAUUGACGACGUUCAUAAUGGUGAUGCGAAAGUGGUAUCAAUUAAUGAUAUUGUGCAGUCAACAACCAACGAUCUGGGAACUUCGAUCGAAUCGAUCGCUACUAACAAAUGGAAAAAAGAAAUGCGUGAUCUGUGGUCGUAUUUACCCGUAAACUUGUACGCAGAAAAAGAAUUCAACAAUCGUCGUGCAUCUGAAGCACCGCAUUGUGCGAUCUGUCAGUACUUCGUGCCAAAACCACUUAUGGAAAAACGAAAUACACUACCAGCUACCUCAAGGCGUAUCGUGAAACGUUAUCAUUAUGCAAAGAUGAAUCCCGACUUAUAUGAUAUAAAAGAGAGUGCUGAUUUGGAAGAUCGUCUAUUGCGUUGUUCGAACUGUUAUGUGGUCGUUCAUGAAGGUUGUUAUCCCGUCGGACAUAUACCUGCGGACAAAAGCCAUUGGCGAUGUGUUCGUUGUCGUCGACGCGAUGAUUUAGCAGUUCGAUCGACUUGCUGUCAUCUUUGUGAAUUGCGGGGCGGUGCACUCAUUCCGGCUGAGAAUGCUGGUGGUGAUUUUGUGCACGUUGUAUGUGCACUUCUGAAUCGUCGAACAAUAUUCCCGAAUCCUAUGACGCUGGAAUCAGCGUAUACCCGACCACCGAUGAAACUGAAUGCACCUAUCAAAUACGCAGACCGUCCAGAUUCGCAGUAUUUAUCUGCUUUCGGAGUAACGCAAGAGCGUGGUAAAUUUCAGUGUGAAUAUUGCAAGAAUACGCGUGAAGGUGGUCUUUUGAAAUGUUACGUGUGCGAAGAGACAUUAUUUCAUGCGACGUGUGCACGCAUGGCUGGUGCAUCGUUUGAGUUCAGGAACUGGCCCGACCUUACCGUUGUUGUUUGUCCGGAUCAUAACGAAGUGGUGGACGAUUCGCCUGCAUUAUCGAUAGGUGACAAAGUGCGGGUGUAUUUACCAGAGCAAUGCUCGAAUCGACUGUCAAAAGGUAUCGUUAAAGCGGUGAAGAUGCAAGAGUAUUGUACGGUGAAUUUUAUGGAUCGCAAUUGGAGUGACGACAUGCAACCAGAGGAUAUCAUUGAAUGCGAAUGUUCGCGUAUCAAUUGUAAUGGAUGGCAUAUCCCUGGUGCCAAGAUCAAAAUAAAGUGGGACGACGGUACAGUGUAUGAAGGUGUUUUUCGUAAUCGUUAUACGAGUUCGUUGGUAAGUGUCGAAUUAGUGAAGCCACACCAGCAUUCAUCCAACUUGGUUGAAUUGGUAAACGUUAAAAGAGAUGCGGUAUUCGCGCGUGGUGAGCGCCUCGCUGAUAUCUCUUAA